ACCGGGAAAAAUAUUAACUAUAAAAUAACCUAACGUAAUUUGUAACCUAACGAAUUUAAAUUAUUAAACAAAUUAAAUAAUACUAACAAAUUAAAAUUAGUGAAAUAUGACGAUGGUCUCAAGAUUAUGGUGUCGAAAAGCACGGCAAAAUUUAGCUUUUGCAAAAGUAUUAGGUAAAGAACCUAAAACUUUUUCAACUUUGGUUCAACUAAAAACAGAUGAAGCAACAGAUAAUAAUAAUGAUUCUCAAGCACAAACUAAUGAUGAAUUAAUCAAAUCUCCAUCACUUGGAAAUUAUAGACUUGUAUAUCCUGAAUUUCUACCAGACCCUAAUCCAUUAUAUCGUAAUAGCAUAAGAGAAAAAUUAGAACGUAUGGAUAUGUUGAAUAGAAGAUCAGUAUUGUCUAUUCCUGAAUUUUAUGUGGGUUCCAUAUUAGCAGUAACUUAUUCUGACCCACAUGCAGUUGGAAAAAUAAAUAAAUUUGUUGGUAUAUGUAUAUUAAGAGAAGGCUGUGGAUUAAGAAGUUCAUUUCUUUUAAGAAAUGUAGUCAAUGGGGAAGGUGUAGAAGUACGCUAUGAUUUAUAUGAUCCUGCCAUCCAAAACAUUGAUUGUUUAAGAUUAGAAAAAAGAUUAGAUGACGAGUUACUUUACCUAAGAGACGCACCAUUGGAAUAUAGUACAUUUCCUUUUGAUAUGGAAAUAGAAGCAAAAAUUUCAGAAUCUGUUCCAGUAAAUGAUAUUAAAAUUCCUCUCAAUCCAUUACCCUGGUCACAAAGAUGGGAACGUCUUAAUUUAAAAGGAGUUAAAGAGAUAGUUGUUAAUGAAAGACGUCAAAAGAAGGCAGCAGCUCUUGCUAAACCAUGGGAGAAAUAUGAUCUAAUGAAAACAUAUAGGGAGACCAUUCCGGAAGAAGAACAAAAUGAAAUAUUUUCAGAUGUAUAUACAAAACUUAAUGAGUUGGAAAUACAGAAGAACAUAUUAAAACGCAAAUAUAUGUUGCAAAGGCAAAACUCUUCAAAAACGAGAACUUCAUAAAUACUUUGUAAAGUUAAUAAUAAAAAUUUGUUUCUUAAUUA